AUAAACCUUUUCUUUUGUUGUCUCGGACUCAACCCAACCCAGAGUGUUAUCUCUCUCUCUAUAAUCUCUCUUUCUCUCUCUUCCUUUGUAGCUUUCACUUUCAUUUUUCUGGUUCUGAUUUAGGGCACCCGAACUCGGUCUUUGACUUAGAACUAGCUCUGAUUUGCUCCUUAAGUACUCUCUCUUCCUCUUUGAGUUGAUUCCAACUUCAAUCUACUUUGCUUUUCACUUCAUCAUUGUAUUCCUUUAGAUCCUCGUUACUCUUCCCUCACCCCUUCGCAACUCUGCACAUUUUUGUUUUUCAGCUUCUCCAACUUUGAAUUUUGGUGUAGGUUUUUAUUCCUAACAGUUAAUUCGAUUCCGUGGACUGAAACCUAUAGGUUACCAAUGGUUUAUGGUAUAGCGUGUUUAUCUGUGUAAUGAUUUGCAUGUUCUUUUUUGGUUUACGAUGUGAAAGGAUUGAGGAAUACGCAAUUGAAAAUUUAGCGCGACUUUGUUUUUGUAACUAGUUGCUGCUCUUGAUUUAUCAGUGCGUCGGCAAUAAUUUUUGGCUAUGGUUUCUGCUUUGAAUUUGUAUGUAUGUAUGUUCUUUAACAUAAUUCAUUUAAGGCAAAAAUUCUUUAUCAAAUUUAUUUUCAAUGAAGAGAACAAUUAGAGUACUAUUAUAAUGUUUUAUUUUACUUUUCAUUCUCUAAUAUCAUGACUAUUUCACUUUAUUGAGGAAAUGAAAACUUUAGCUCCGAUGCACUAUAGCUCGAUAUAGAUCUGAUGGUUUGUUCAAGAACAUGAUAACAAUUCUGUCAAUAUCGAUGUUAAUUGAUUGAAUUGCCCUAUGCUUGAGGGAACAUGUUUGUGGGGUUAAUAUGUAAAAGUAAUUUUUUGGAAGACUUCAUCUCGCGAGUGAUUGCAACGAUGUUGAGUUUCUUGUGUAGACUCUAGGUGAGUGUUGCUCCUAUGGUUCUUGUGCAACUAAUAGGUGUGUUGAAUGUGGGAAGAGUUCUAUUGCGGGUGUGCUUUCUACAAUUAAAGGGCCUUGGGCUAUCAUCUACUAGCAGGUAACACCAAGUGGAUAGUUCGAGGACUCUUUGGUUUGGCUGAGAUGCAUUUGGUAGGCGAAGCCUCCUUGUUCACUAGCCGACAGUAGAUAACUCAACCUUUCUGCUUUCUUUUGUGUCACCUAUUUCACCAGUUCAACAGGCCUCUGACUGUGAAUACAAGUGGUAGAGCUCCAUUUCAUCACACUGACUCAAGUCGUUGACUUCAAUUUUCUUCUCAUAGCUCGUCCAAGCAAAUUGAAGGUAUCAGGCUACUAGAUUUAUCGUCAAAGAAGCUGAUAGAUGCUGGAUUUAUGUACAAGUAUGAACUUAAUGAAAUGCUUCAUGGUUCAAUCAAAUGCUGCAAAGAAAAAGGGUUUCCUGUGAGGAGUUGAUAUUGUGUACAGUUUAAACUCCUUUUACUCUGUCAUAAGCUGAAUACUUGUUAAGAACUGCUUGUGUCUUUGAAGCCCUUCUCACCAUUUUGAAAGUUGAAACCAGGCUCAUGGGAACACCACCAGGGUCCCUCCGCAGCUGGAUGGUCAGUCAGAGGCUAUGUCUAUGAAGACUAGACAAUCCACACAGUUAAGAAGGUUGACUUUAAGAACCUUGGAUCAGCCCAAACCAAUUAUUAACAUCGAUGCUGCAACUAGGCGAGGAUUAGGCCGCCAUAAAGAGAAGUUUAACAACUAUCUGGGAAUACACCACAGAUUGACUACCCCUCAUCUCUCAUUGAAAGACAUGUUAAGUGGAAGUUGACAUGCACAAAGCGAUAUGGACAAAUGACAUCUCAAGUGGCACAAGAAAUAUCUAAUAAAAUUGACUCGUUAGAAGAACAGACAACAUAGGAUACUUUUGUUCACCAUGGUCUUGACAACAUACUUAACAUUGCCAUUGGACAACUGGAUCAUGGAGGUCAUGUUCAUGCAGCGGGGUAUGGUGACUCAAUACUAUGGAAGGGCAUCACAUGGCUCUAGCAACUCAUCCACAUCCAUCACCCAACAACAAAGGAAUGAGAUUAAGGAAGAAGUCAGGAAUGAGAUUGGAGAAGAAAACAAAUGAAGUCUAGAGAAAUUGAAACAGGAGUUGAAGGAGGCCAUCAAAAUUGAGUUUUCGCAAACGGGAUCGCAAUACUCAUCCCCGAUUGAGGCAAAUAUACAUGUGUUAGGUUCACAGGCUUGCACAAAGGGGAGCAAUGCUGAAACUAAUGCGAACCCAUCUAGGGAAGAACAUGUUUCUCAUGUGAUACCAACUAUGGGGUUGUAUGUGCAACGUCAGCAUUCUACACACUUGGUAGCCUUGGGAAAAAUAUAUGAGGGAGGGUCUACCAUACACAACAUGGCAUAUGCAGAUGAUAUCGUAAGGGUUAGUGUUGAAAAAGUUAUUGAUGGUGAUGCUCAAGUCUCGUUGCCGAUGUCAGAAAUUCAGUAUGUCAGGCAGACCCUUCACACAUUCAUUGCAUGGCCGAAACCUCUUGUAAAACUGGUAUCAAAUGAGGAUUCAACUAUUACUCCAAAUAAAGUGAUUGAAAUUGUUCAAAGGUCAAAUGAUGCUACUGUAGAUGAUCCCUUGCAUGACUUGAUUAAGAUCGUGUAUGACAUUUACGAGAAGCCUAUUGAGUUGUUGUGGGAUGCGACUAAAUUUGGGAUUCCAAAUGUAGAUGCCUUCUUGUUAACAUAUGCUGAUGUCAAUGAAAUAAUCUCAGGUUUAUGGAUGAGUGGAGUUCUAGCUUGGGUCAUGGUUCGAUGUAUGGAUUCCUUGAGCCUCAUUCAAUACACAAUACAAAGGAUAGACGUGGUCAAUGUCAAGAUUACAUUGAAAGAUGUGUUAAGGAAUCCCAACGAGAGGGCCCGUUGGCAACUGGUUGUUUUGUGUCCUACAAACAAUGUUGUCGUGUGGUUUUGUUCGUUGUGUAAGAAGCCUGAUGUUCAUAUCAAACCUGCAAUUAAUAAUGCGUUGAAGACAUUAAAGACUACUUCUAACGAGCCACAUUCAAAGCGGGGGGCUAUGAGUGUGACUAUUAUGUCGUGCAUUGGAUGUGGAACAUAGUAAGCGGGGAGUUAAAGGAUGAUUGGAGCAUGUGGUUUGGUGAUGACACACUACUAAACAUCGAGACCACAACAACAAUACACAAAAAAUGGGCAACAUAUUUUUUAAGAGUUAAAAGCAUCCAAUGUAGAAAGCUUUAAAUGAGAUUCAAACAAGCACUAUGGUGAAUUUGAUGUCUUUCUUUAAAUGUUAUAAAUAAUUUUGUAGCUGUAAUGACUAUUAUUUGAGAAUAAAAAUACAUAUUUGUUUAUUUCAUUUUGGUUUGCACCAAAAGAUUUAGACAA